UGAAAUGUCCACCCCUCCUGCCGCUUCUUCUUCUUCUCCCCCUUCUUCGCAACUGCGACUCAGAAGCCUUCGUGUGAUGAAACUGUGUCGUAUGGAUCAGUGAGAAAUGGCGAAUUGGAUCUCAUCUAAGCUCAAAGCCGCGGAGACGAUUCUUCAACAGAUCGAUCAGCAGGCAGCGGAGUCUCUUCGGAAGAAUGAGAAGUCUCAAACCCAUGAUGAGGUGUUUGAGACUCCUACAAAAUCUGGAAGUCCCAUUUCUUUGAAAGAUCAGUUAAAGAAGAAGACACAUGAGGGUAGUGAUUAUGAUGGUGGAUCUCAGAGAAGUUCCUUUGAGCAAUCGCCAAGCUCCUUAAGCAACAGUAAAGCUUUUUUCAAGCCGGAUCAACCCAAAGAAAGGACAGGUCAGACAUCACAAAGUUUGACACAGCAAAAGCCUACACUCACUGACAGUGACUGGACGAAACUUCUGAGUACUCCUAAUCCGGGAACAAGCACUUCCAAAGCUCGUACUACCAAUGGGACAUCUAUGGCUCGUGGACUGAAGAAGGAUGGAAAGAGACAUGGGAACUCGGGAUCAAAUCUCUUGACAUCCGGUGGAAAGAAGAGUGAGAGGAGUACUGAUGAUGCGAUUGAAUCCAGAGGUAGGCUCCUUAGAAAGCCGAAUGAGAAACCGAAAGAUGGGGAAAACUCUAGCUCUUCGGGUUUUGGAAUGCAGACUGAUUCUAAAACCUUUGAUGGUGGACAUGUGGAACAUGCAGACGCUACUCAGGACAUUUCGAUAAAGCCAAAACAUAAGGAGAGUGAGAAUGAUGUCAAUUCUGAGCCUCCUCCUCCAAAAGACUCCAGAAGAUCAUUAGACAAGACUCUUCAGGAAGCAAUGCCAAAUGUAGGAAAAACGGAUGGUCGUGGAUCCAGUCGAGCAGCUAUCUGGGGGAAGCAGAUGAAGAGAGAAGUCUCACGGGGCACCGUUUCUGAGGAUCUACAGAGGAAGGAUUCUUCGUUGUUAAGUGUUGAGACUGAAUCAGAUUCCGAUUCUGAUUCAAGUACCGACUCUGAGAGGGAACGUGAAAGAGAGGAGCGAAGGAGGAGGAGGGAGAAGAUUUUUGCAGAGAAAGUUGCAGCUAAAGCUGUAGGGGCCAUUAAAGAACGAGAGAAUGUGGUAGCAAGACUAGAGGGCGAAAAACAGAGUUUAGAGAAAAUACUUGAAGAACGAGCUAAACAACAGGCCCAAGAGGCUUCCGAGUUGCAGACCACUACGAUGGAAACUAUGGAAGCCGUCGAGCUUGAAAAGCAAAAGCACAAUAAUACUAGAAUGGAAGUUCUUGCACGCUUGGCCAGACUGGAGACUGCAAAUGCUGAUCUUGCAAGAUCCCUCGCUGCGGGUCAGAAGAAACUUGAAACACAGAUAGAUCAGGUGGCAGAACUCCGUGAACACGUUGAGCUGAAAGAGUCUGCUCUUGAAGAAUUGAAGCGGAAAAUUUCCAAUAUCCACCAAAGUGGUCAAUAUUUAAAUGAAAUAGCUGCUGCUUCAGGAGGAUCUAGGUUCGAACAUGAGAUGCUCGAAGCAGAGUGCUCUUUGCUAACUGAUAAAAUCGGACGGUUGCAAGAUAAGGCAGAUAAGCUGGGAGAUGACAUUGAAAUGAUGCGGAAAGAAAUUGAAGAACCCACCGAAGUGGAAAUUGAACUUAACCGAAGACUUAACCAGCUGACCGACCAUCUCAUUCAGAAACAAUCCCAGGUAGAAGCUCUUUCCUCGGAGAAGGCUACCUUAUUUUUCAGAAUCGAGGCCGUCUCGAAACUUCUGGAAGAAAACAACGCGAUGUCUACAUCCGAGGCCUCAUCCAAAGAUCUGGAAGCAGGGGAGUGGAAAUUCUCAGAAUCAAAACUUCGCCCUUCUCUGCAAGAGAAAAUCCGAUCAGGUAAAGAACAUUUGGGAUGGAUGGUUAGGCAGAUGAACGCAAUAUUCGUCUCGGGAGCUGUAUUCUUGAGACGAAACCCGACGGCAAAGAUCUGGGCUGCCGUUUAUGUCAUCUGCCUUCACCUCUGGGUACUGUACAUAUUGUUCUCUCACUCCAAUGAAUCGUCGAGUGAAGGCAAAUCGGGCGCUGUUAUCUCCUUGGAGAACUUUGGUAACACUUCCCAUCAAUAAAAGUUUGCUAUGUUUUGAUUUCUCUAUGAGAGUAGGGGAUUAUGUGUAAUGUUUGGACAAAACACCGUGCCAUUUAUUUUGUUGGUGCGGGAAAUGCAUACAUAUAUAGCGAACGUAUCCAUGUAUACGCAAACAUACCAUGCAUAUAUUGAUAUUUUUAUAUUGAA